UUAGCAGACGACGACGGUAGUGACUGAGUUGUGAGCAAAGUGUGGUUUAGGGUUGUAUUAUAAUACAUGUUUAUGAAUGAAGACAGACUAAAUUCACAGGAUCUGCAAUAGAACUUUGAUUAUAUUCGUGUAAUUAUGAGUGACGACUACGAUAAUGGCGAGAUGACUUCUCGAGUGCAACUUUGGGGUGUGUUGUGGAAGAAGCCUUUUGGGCAAAGUAGCACAAGCAACAAGUGGACCAAACGAUUUUUCAUCAUCAAAGAAGGCUUUCUGCUCUAUUAUCCGGAAAAUGAAAAACGUGAAUUUGAGAAAAGACGAUACUUUAACAUGCAUCCUAAGGGUGUUAUUCCUCUGGGAGGCUGCAAUGUUGUCAGUUAUGAUGAUUCCUGUAAAAGCUGGGCUUUUCGCAUCGAAAAUGAUGAACUAAACGGCGAUAUAUUUUUAGCUACUGAAACAGAAAAUGAGAGAGAACGUUGGUGUGAAAUGAUGUGCAAAUCAGCUCGAAUAACAUGGAAGAAUGCUGAACUUGGAGAUAGUAUGAUUCAGACACUAGAAAAACAGAGUCUGGAGCUAGCGAAAGACGGCCAGAAGUACAGAGACCAUUGGCACUCCGAAGCCGUUGCACUUCGCGACGAGAUGGACAGGAAUGAGGAACUUGAGAGAAUGGCUGCAGAAUUAGAGAAAGAGAAAGCAAAGAUUGAAGAAACAGCAAGAGAACUACAAGAUGAACAUGAACGCACACGAUUGGAAUUAGAGGAAACAAUACGUGCCAUGAGCCAGGUUGCACAUGACAAGGAGGAGUUAAGCCGAGCGUCACAUGACUACCAUACCGAUCUUGUCAGUCUUGCUAUGGAGCGUGAGAAGACUAUGAAUGAGUUGACGAAACGAGAGCAAACGAUGCAACAACUGACUACAGAGAAUGAAUCGCUGACGUGGGAAACACAACAAUUAAAAUCUAAUUUAGGACUUAUUGAGAGAAAAACCAAAGAAUUGGAGGAAUUUAUGAAACUAACAGAGAGCAGAUUAGAUGAAAAGAAAAGGGAAGCACAAUUGUUGGAAGAGGAGAAACUGGCAUUUAGCAAGCAUGCUCAGGAGCUUCAAUGUUCACUUAAUGUGGCCAAUCGCUUUAAGAUUCGUCUUCCUAAAGUCCAGCUUACUUAUUCGUGACAUUGAAGUAUAAAUAUAAUAAAGAGAUAAAAACCAGG